AUACCGCAGCUAGAAGAUAGCUAGAAGGGGAACUAAUCAAUGGGGAUUCCUGCAUUCUACCGUUGGCUAAUGGGCAAGUACCCGCUUUCAGUCAUCGAUGUCCGCCAAGAAGACACUAAGUCUGUGAAUGGCGUUUCGGUGCCGAUCGAUUCCAGCAGGCCAAACCCUAACGGUGUUGAGUUUGACAAUUUCUACCUUGACAUGAACGGAAUCAUCCACCCUUGUUUCCACCCAGAAGACCAGCCUUCCCCUGAAACGUAUGACGAGGUAUUUAAGUCGGUUUUCAAGUACAUCGAUCACCUCUUCUCUAUAGUUCGACCGAGGAAGCUUCUUUUUAUGUCAAUCGACGGAGUUGCACCCAGAGCAAAGAUGAACCAGCAAAGAGCAAGGCGAUUUAGAGCUGCCAAAGAAUCUGCUGAUGCAGCAGUAGAAUUAGAGAAGCUACAGUCUGGCUCACAGUUAGAAACUGAAUCUAAGGAAAGAAGCAAUCUGGAUUCAAAUGUUAUAACUCCUGGAACUGAAUUCAUGGCGGCUUUAUCUUCCGCGCUGAAGUACUACAUUCACAUGAGAUUGAAUAGUGAUCCAGGAUGGAAGGGCGUCAAGAUCAUUCUUUCUGACGCCAAUGUGCUUGGGGAAGGAGAGCAUAAGGUAGCGUCAUUUAUUCGUUUACAGAGAAAUCUUCCUGGUUUUGACCCCAAUACACGGCAUUGCUUGUAUGGGUUGGAUGCUGACCUGAUCAUGCUGGCACUGGCUACACAUGAAAUACACUUUUCAAUACUUAGAGAGGAUGUUCGCAUGGCUCAAAAGAAUGGUAGAGCCAUUAACUUUGCUAAGAAUGCCAAGGCAAACUGUAACAAAGAAAAUAAAUCCAAAACAGAAAUUUCCAAUGGCAUUACAACAAAGAGGUUUCAGUUUCUCAACAUUUGGGUUCUUAGGGAGUAUCUAUCACGUGACCUAAAGAUACCGGAUCCAGUGGUGAAGAUAGAUUUGGAACGGUUGAUUGAUGACUUCGUAUUCAUUUGUUUGUUUGUUGGAAAUGAUUUUCUUCCUCAUAUUCCCUCACUGGAAAUUAAUGAGGGUGCAAUUGAUCUGCUAAUGGCAGUCUAUUGUAAGGAGUUCAAUACAUUGGGCGGUUACUUGACUGAGUCCAUUAAGGUGGAUUUCGCACGUGUGGAUCACUUCUUACAAAUAGUUGGAUCCUAUGAAGUAGCUAUCUUCAAAAAGCGUUAUCAGAUACAGAAGGAGAGGGCUGUUCAUUUGGGGACCGUUUCAGAUCCUAAAAAGGGAAAUAGAACCUCAGAUUUUAGAAGUUGCAGUAACAUCCCCACAAGUACUUCGUCAAAUGAUGGAAAACCUGGAAUCACAAUUGACCAGGUGAAACUUGGAGAGGAAGGAUGGAAAGAACGGUACUACGCUGAAAAACUAGAAUCGAGUAGUGUACAUGAUCAAGAGAAAAUCAAAAGACAUAUGGUCAAGAAAUAUUUUGAAGGAAUAUGCUGGGUUAUGCACUAUUAUUAUGAAGGCGUGUGCUCAUGGCAAUGGUUUUAUCCAUAUCAUUAUGCUCCGUUUGCUUCAGAUUUUACUGAUUUGAAACAUUUGAAGAUGCAUUUCAAGCUUGGCAUCCCUUUCAGACCAUUUGAGCAAUUAAUGGGUGUCUUACCUUCAGCAAGUGCACAUGCAUUGCCAUUGUUUUAUAGGAAAUUGAUGAUAGAUCCAUCUUCAUCCAUUGCGGAUUUUUAUCCAACAGAUUUUGAGCUUGAUUUGAAUGGCAAGCGAUUCUCCUGGCAGGCGGUCUGCAAAUUACCAUUUAUUGAAGAAUCUCGCCUUCUUGCUGAAAUAGAAAAAGUAGAGCACACUUUAACGGAGGAGGAGAAGCUAAGAAACAGCUGGGCUUUGGAUAUGCUAUUUGUUCAUGUUUCACAUCCCUUAUCUUCAAAAUUUCUUUCUUUCAUUAGACGGAAAAAGCAUCAUCCAAAGUUGUCCAUGACUAAAGUCAGAAGAAAAAUUGAUCCAGAAUUCAGUGGUGGAAUGAAUGGAUUUAUGUACAUCUCUGAUAAGACCGUUUAUUCAGAGGAAGUUUACUCUCCUAUUGAGGACUUGGAGACGAUAAUAAACAACAAUACAAUAUUUGUAUAUUACAAGAGCCUUGCAACCAAAACACACGUGCCCAGACCACCAGAGGGUGUAAUUUUCCCAGCAAAAUCAAUCUCCAUACGAGAUCUGCAGCAAAUUAAAAGAAGAUUCUGGCACGAGACACCGAUAACACCAAGUUUUGGCUUCUUGAGAAGACCUGUUUCUAGAAAUGUAUAUGCAAAGCAGUCAUCGCAAAUUUCCCGGCGACCUACAGUUUCAGAACAUUUGCUUCACCGGAAACAACCAAACAAUGGAAGCGAACAAAAUGGGAGAACUAACAAUAAGGUCAUACUGGGAAAAAGGAAAUGGAGUAGUUGGAAAGGCCGUGGUGGCAGUGGCCGUCAGAAGAGAAGAAACUGAGCUUUUUAUUUACUAUUUUUAGCCCUCUUUUCUUUGAAUGUAUCAUCAGCUUCUUUUGAUCUGAAGUUAUUUUUAUUCUGCUGGGCGACCUAAUUUGUUUUCUUAAUAUUUAUUACAUUAUUCUGAUCCUCAUUUAGUUGGAUAAUGGUAAUGGUGAUCUAUUAUGUUACUCUGUUAGAUUGAACUCAUGAAGAAUAUUGGAUUGAUGAAUUUUGUGUUGGCUUGUUUUUAUACAAAGUACUGUUGAUUUCA